AUGGCACAUAUAGUUAGAGCAUGCUAUUUGGCACUCAUUUCUGUCAUCAUGUCGCUGUUGGUUAAAGCAACAAUAGAUGUGUGCAAGAGAGGAGAUGUGACUGUGGAGCCUUCCCGCGUCCUUCCACUUGGAUCUGCUGUCAAUAUUUCAUGCUCAUUAAAGCCCAAGCAAGGCUGCUCUCCGUAUUCCAAUGUUAACAGGUUAAGCCUCUACAAGUUUCACCAAAAAAUAAAGUCCCAGCAUGGCCACUCCCUCAGUUCGCAGGUCUCAGAUCUUCCUCUGGGCACCACAGUGUUUGUCUGCAAACUGGCCUGCAGCAGUAGUGAGGAGAUCCAUAUAUGUGGGGCAGAGAUCUCAGUUGGUGUUGUUCCAGAACAGCCUCAAAACUUAUCAUGUACACAGAAGGGAGAACGCGGGACUGUGGCCUGCACCUGGGACAGAGGACGAGACACCCACCUACCUACUGCGUAUACUUUACAGUUAAAUGGACCAAAAAAUGUAACUUGGCAGAAGACGUGUAAUGAUUAUUACUGUGACCAUUUGGACCUUGGAAUCAACCUAACCCUGGAAUCACCUGAAUCCAGUUACACAGCCAGGGUUACUGCUAUCAGUGAUCUUGGAAAUGCUUCUUCAUUUCCAUCCACAUUCACAUUCUUGGACAUAGUGAGGCCUCUUCCUGCAUGGGACAUCAGAAUCAAAUGUGCAAAUGAUUCUGUGAGCAGAUGUACUCUUCAGUGGAGAGAUGAGGGGAUGGUGCUGCUUAAUCGACUCAGAUAUCGGCCCAGUAACAGCAGGUCCUGGAAUAUGGUUAAUACUACAAAUGCCAAAGGAAGACAUGAUUUGUUGGAUCUGAAACCAUUCACAGAUUAUGAAUUUCAGGUUUCCUCUAAGCUACAUCUUUAUAAAGGCAGUUGGAGCGACUGGAGUGAAUCAUUGAGAAUGCAAACACCCGAAGAAGAGCCUACGGGGACAUUAGAUGUCUGGUACAUCAGACAGAACACUGACUACAGUAGACAACAGAUUUCUCUUUUCUGGAAGAAUCUGAGUGUAUCAGAGGCAAGAGGAAAAAUCCUCCACUAUCAGGUGACUUUGCUGGAGGUGGCAGGGGAGAAAACCACACUACAGAACAUCACAGAACAUACCUCCUGGACCUGGGUCAUUCCCAGAACUGAGAACUGGGCUGUGGCUGUGUCUGCAGCUAACUCAAAAGGCAGUUCCCUGCCCACUCGUAUUAACAUAGCGGACCUGUGUGGGGCAGCGUUGCUGGCUCCUGGCCAGGUCUCUGCAAACUCAGAGGGCAUGGACAACAUUAUGGUGAUGUGGGAGCCCCCCAGGGAAUCCGCCUCUGCUGUCCAAGAGUACGUGGUGGAAUGGAGGGAGCUCCAUCCGGGGCGUGGCACGCAGCCCCCUCUGAACUGGCUACGGACUCCCCCCAACAACGUGUCAGCUUUGAUUUCAGAGAACAUAAAACCUCACAUCUGCUAUGAAAUCCGCGUGCACGCACUGUCAGGGACCCGGGGAGGAUGCCGCUCCAUCCGGGGUGACUCUGCGCACAAAGCACCACUGAGUGGCCCCCACAUUAAUGCCAUCACAGAGGAAAAGGGGCGCAUUUUAAUUUCGUGGGACAAAAUUCCAGCCCAGGAACAAAUGGGCUGCAUCCUCCAUUACAGGAUAUACUGGAAGGAACAGAGCUCCGCUUCCCAACCUCAGUUUUGUGAAAUUCCCUAUAGCGUCUCUGAAAAUUCACAUCCAAUAGACAGCCUGCAGCCCAGAGUGAGAUACGUCCUGUGGAUGACAGCUCUGACAGCAGCUGGCGAAAGCCCCCAAGGAAAUGAGAUGGAAUUUUGUCUGCAAGGUAAAGCCAAUUGGAGCACAUUUAUGGCACCGAGCAUUUGCACUGCUAUCAUCAUGGUGGGCAUUUUCUCAAUGCGUUACUUCCGGCAAAAGGUAUCUGUUCUCCUGUCAGCCCUCAGACCUCAGUGGUGUAACAGACAAAUUCCAGACCCAGCGAACAGCACUUGGGCCAAGAACUAUCCCAUUGUGGAGGAGGUGCAGCUGCCCGUGGACAGGCUCCUGACAGACCGGCCCGCUCCGAAAGAACCUGAGCCCCUGGUCAUCAGCGAAGUCUUGCAUCAAGUGACCCCAGUCUUCAGACAGCUCCUUCGUGCCAACUGGCCAGAGAAGGGAAAAGGAGACCAAGGUCACUAUACCUCUGAGGAAACAAGGUACAGUGCCUCGAGCUUACCACCUCCAAGAGCUCUCAUGGCGGAGACAGGGCAGCUAGUGGAUCUCUACAAGGUGCUGGGGGGCAGGAGCCCCAACUCAAAGCCAGGAAACCCAGCAAGCCCCUCCCGGGUCCUCCCAGGGGACUACCUUCCCACCCAGGAGGGCUACUUACCCUCCAACGUAGAUUACCUCCCUGCACACGAGGCUCCUGGAACCGAGCCCCCGGAAGAACCGGAGCCUCAGCACAUCUCCCUUUCUGUGUUCCCCUCAAGUUCCCUGCACCCGCUCCCCUUCUCCUGCGGCGAGAAGCUGACUUUGGAUCGGCUGAAGAUGGGGUGCGGUUCCCUCAUGCUUUGA